ACUGACUGAGAACCAUGAAAAGAGUCUUCAGCAUGAAGGACUGGAGCAAGUGGCUCCACAUGGGAUGUUAUUGGGAAGAUCUGAGGGGCAUGUUUCCCAGAUACCUGAGCAGGGAGAGACCAGUGAGAGUCAGCGUAGCUCAGAAAGGCAACAGAGAAACCAUCCAGAGAAGGGACAGGGAAAAUCCAAUCCUAGGAGCAGAGGGGUGAAAAACACAGAAACCAUACAACAGAAAAUUCUCCAUCAACAAGCGCUCUACACUUGCAGUGACUGGGGAACUGUUAUUGAAUAUCAUAGAAUCCACACAGAAGAGAAGCCCUUCAACUGCUCUGUUUGUGGGAAAAGCUUCAGUGAGAGCUCAGAUCUUGUUAAACAUUGGAGAAUCCACACAGGGGAGAAACCCUUCAGCUGCUCUGACUGUGGUAAAAGUUUCAGUUGGAACUCACAUCUUGAUACACACAGGAGAAUCCACACGGGGGAGAAACCCUUCGGCUGCUCUGACUGUGGGAAAAGCUUCAGUCAGCAGUCAAGUCUCAUUAGACAUAAGAGAAACCACACAAGAGAAAAACCUUUCAGUUGCUGUGAUUGCGGGAAAAGCUUCCGUGAGAGUUUACAACUUAUUAGACACAGGACAAUCCACACUGGAGAGAAACCCUUCAGCUGCUCUGACUGUGGGAAAAGCUUCAGUAAGAGGUCAGACCUUGUUACACAUAGGCGAAUCCACACAGGGGAGAAACCUUUCACCUGCUCUGACUGUGGGAAAAGCUUCCGUGGGCGCUCACACCUUGUUAAACAUAGGAGAAUCCACACAGGAGAGAAACCUUUCAACUGCUCUGAUUGUGGGAAAAGCUUCAGUUGGAGCUCACAUCUUGUUACACACAGGAGAAUUCAUACAGGGGAGAAACCUUUCAACUGCUCUGACUGUGGGAAAAGCUUCAGUAGGAGCUCACAUCUUGUUACACACAGGAGAAUCCACACAGGGGAGAAACCGUUUAGCUGCAGUGAUUGUGGGAUAAGUUUCAGUAGGAGCUCACAUCUUGUUACACAUAGGAGAAUCCACACAGGAGAGAAACUCUUAGACUGCUCUGACUAUGGGAAAAGCUUGAGUCAGGACUCAAGUCUUACCAAUCAUCAUACAAUCCACCCAGGAGAAUCAUAGAUUCAUAAAAUAAAAUAAUAGAAAACUAGAAGAGACUUCAAGAGGUCAUCAAGUACAGUCCCCUGCCCUCAUGGGAGGUCCAAGUAUCUUGUCAUCCCUGAUAGAUGUCUAUCUAAUUUCUCUUAGAUAUCUUCAAUGAUGGAGAUUCUGCAAUUUCCUUAAGCAAUUUAUUCCAGUUUUCAGCCACCCUCACAGUUAAAAGUUUUUCCUAAUGUCCAUCCUAAACCUCCCUUGCUGCAAUUUAAGUCCAUGCCUUCUCCUCUCAUCAGAGAUCAAGAACAAUGUUUUCCCCUCCUCCUUGUAACAUCCUUUUAGGUACUUGAAAACUGCUAUCAUAGCCCCUCCCAGUCUUCUCUUUUCUAUACUAAAACCCAGUUCAGUCUUCCCUCAUAGGUCAUGUCUUCGAGACAUUUAAUGAUUUUUGUUGCUCUUCUCUGGCCUCUAUUUCUCCGCAUCUUUCUUGAAGUCAUGUGCCCAGAACUGACCACGUUACUCCAGCUGAGGCCUAAUCAGCAUAGAGUAGAGCAGAAGAAUUGCUUCUCAUGUCUUACUCAUAACAUUCCUGUUAAUGUAACCCUAUAACUUUGCCAACUGCAGGAAAAUGUUCAUUCAGAGCUCAGAACUUGUUAGACACAGGAGACUCCAUACAAGAGAGAAACCCUAUG